AUGUUUCCACAAUCAGGGAAAUCGAUUGUCUUUGACAACUUUCCAGAUCCAAGUGACGCCUGGGAAAUCAUUGAGACAAUCGGCAAAGGGACCUAUGGAAAAGUCUAUAAAGUGCUUAACAAAAUUGAUGGAAGUAAAGCAGCAGUUAAGAUAUUGGAUCCUAUCCAUGACAUCGAUGAGGAGAUCGAAGCAGAGUACAACAUCCUCAAAGCUCUGUCUGACCACCCCAAUGUAGUCAAAUUCUACGGGAUGUACUACAAGAAGGAUGUGAAAUGUGGGGAUCAGUUGUGGCUAGUACUGGAGCUUUGCAAUGGUGGCUCGGUGACUGAUCUGGCCAAAGGCAUGCUGAAAAGGGGUGACAGAAUGGAUGAAGCCAUUAUUGCCUACAUCCUGCAAGAAGCCCUCACUGGCCUCCAACACCUGCACAUCAACAAAACCAUUCACCGUGAUGUCAAAGGCAAUAACAUCUUAGUGACAACAUAUGGAGGGGUCAAACUCGUGGAUUUUGGUGUUUCAGCCCAGCUGACAAAUACCCGUCUGAGGAGGAACACCUCUGUGGGGACUCCGUUCUGGAUGGCUCCAGAGGUAAUCGCAUGUGAGCAGCAGCUGGACUCGACCUACGAUGCCCGUUGUGAUGUUUGGUCCCUGGGCAUCACGGCCAUAGAGCUGGGUGAUGGAGAUCCACCAUUGUCUGAUCUCCACCCAAUGAGAGCCCUUUUCAAAAUACCAAGGUGA